CUUCUCUUGAGUACGUCUCCACUCUCCUGGUGAUAUCUGCUUUCUCCGGCUAGAUUUCUGAACUUCACCGGAGCCGUUGUGUGAGAUCGACAAGGAAGCAACAAUAUGCCGAAGAGGACGACUCACACAUACUCGAGCGAGGAUGCAGCGCCAGAUGGACCAGAUUCCGAUCUCUUCGUCUAUUACUGCAAGCAUUGUAGUUCUCACGUCCUCAUUACUGAUACGCAAUUGCAGAAGAUGCCCAAACGAAAAACCGACAAAGCAUAUGCUUUGGACAAGAAAAAGCAUCUUACAAGAUUGAACAUAAAUGAAGCCGGAAAAAUUCUCCUAAAGAGAGGUGAAGGGAAAUUAGAAAAGCAAUUUCGUAUGAACUGUAUAGGUUGUGGACUCUUUGUUUGCUAUCGCUCUGAAGAAGACUUGGAAUCUGCCUCUUUCAUUUACGUUGUUGAUGGUGCACUUAGUACAGUUGCUGCAGAAACUAAUCCCCAGGAUGCACCUGUGCCACCUUGCAUUUCUCAGUUAGAAGGAGGACUUGUCCAGGUGGCAAUUGAAGUGGAGGACAGAGCACAACGCUCAGCAAUCACAAGAGUGAAUGCUGAUGAUGUUAGAGUUACUGUGGCUGCACCUGCAGCACGUGGGGAAGCUAACAAUGAGCUUUUAGAAUUUAUGGGGAAGGUGUUGGGUUUGAGACUAAGUCAGAUGACACUUCAGAGAGGGUGGAAUAGCAAGUCUAAGCUUCUUGUGGUGGAAGAUUUGACAGGAAGACAGGUAUAUGAGAAACUGCUUGAAGCUGUGCAGCCUUGAUCUUUAUGUGUAAUUGCUUCAUGUCAAAUGUGUGAGACAUUUUUUUUCCCAAAAGACUUGUUGAUUUACAAUUAUACACAUUUUGUACUUUGAUUACUUAUUGGUAUCAAUUUCGAUGCUUUUUCAUGGGUGUGCUUCAUUUCAUAGAAUGGGAAAGUGAUAAAAACAGAGUAACUUCCUAAAGGGACAUAAAAUAUGUUUAGAGUAACUUUUUAAGGAGACAUCAAAAUAAUAUUUUUAUAAAUAAAUAUAAUCAAUUAGUUCACUUUCUUAAUAUUUUCUUUAGAUUUUGACAUCUGUCUUGAUCUUGAGAU